UUUGGCUGGGGACGAGCUUGAGAAAAUAGCUUACUCAUCAAGGACGGACACCCUGUUCAGGCUUGGGCCGAGGUCCAUGGUCUGAUUCGCGGUGGGGUGGUGGCGGGCGUCCUUCCCCAGGUUUCGGCUCCCCGACCACCGCAGUGUCUCCGCAUCCGACGGCGACGUGGUUGAGUCGUGGUGUCCUACAAGUACCCAACUAGGUAGAUCAUGCAGGUCUCUCGUUCUAACCAUGCAGUCGUUGGAAGAAUCGGACAACUUUUUAAUUGAUCAUGUUCUGGAAGCUGUCGACGACAUGACCGACUCCAAGCAGCCCAAGGUGCUUCUGUUCGACAUCGGCGGGGUGUGUGUCGUCUCACCCUUCCAAUCCAUCCUCGACUACGAGCUCAGCCUCGGCAUCCCUCCAGGAUGGAUCAACUACUCCAUAUCCAAGACCAGUCCCACUGGCUUCUGGCACCGCCUCGAGACGGGAUCGAUCCCCAUGGACAAGGCCUUCUUCGCGGGCUUCAACGCGGAUCUACACGACCCGGGGCGGUGGGAGGCCUUCUACGCCGCCCAGCGCGUCAAGAACCCGUCCCUCCCCGAGCAGAUCCCUCCACUCCCCGCCAUCGAUGGAGAGUACCUCUUCAACACCAUGAUGACCAACUCGAUCCCCCCGGACCCGUGGAUGUUUCCUGCUCUGAAGAAACUCAAGGACAGCGGCAAGUACAUCCUCGCGGCGCUGAGCAACACCGUCAUCUUCCCUGAGGGCCACAGGCUGUGGAGGAAGGACUUCAUGGACGACCCCGUGCGCAGCCUGUUUGACGUCUUCGUCUCGUCGGCGCACGUCGGGCUACGGAAGCCGGAUCCGAGCAUGUACCAGCUCGCUCUCAAGAUGCUAAACGAGUACGCCGCCAAGAAUGCACGCUCCGAAAGGGGCCAGGCGUUGGGCUGGGCCGAUGGCAUCAAAGCGGGUGACAUUGUGUUCCUGGACGACAUUGGUGAGAACCUGAAGGAGGCGAGGAAGCAAGGUUUCGGAACGAUCAAGGUCCAUCUGGGGCGGACCUACGAGGCCGUCGAGGAACUGGAGAAGAUCACGGGGCUGGCCCUGGAGGGUGACCACCCCAAGAUCCCGGUGAAGCCUAACUUGAAGGGCAGCGGUAAGGCGAAGCUAUAAGUACAAUUGACAUGGACGAAAGGGAUUUUACACUACAUAGACAGAGGGCCC